GAAUGUCAAGCCUUGCGUAUCUGAACAGUGCAAUGGCCGGACACUGGUCAUUGGACAGCGUUCCAACCGGUCCUGACAUUCCGUCACCCAGUCACCCAGGCAGUCGGCACUCAGGCUGGGGAGAGGGUGACGUCAAACGCCGGACUACGCUGGAUAUUUGGUCCAGAGCCGGGCGGCCUCUGUGCUUUCCAGAGUUUGCGCUGCUGCUGGCCGCGCGGGGCCCGGGUGCACUGUUUAUAAGAUCAGUGGGCGUGCGGUGUCCGGCGUGCCCCAGUCGACGAUCGCAGUGCUCGGGCUCGCUGGUGAGGAGACCGGUCACCGUCGCUGCCCGGUCAGAGUGGCACUCCGUCCGGGUCCCCUCCUGGCCCUCCGCCGUCCGCCAUGAGGAUACUGGAUGUCCUGGUGACGGCCUGUGCCCUGGCGGUGGCCGUCUCUGCCGGCAGACUCAAACGGCAGAGCGAACUCGAGUGUCGUGACGCCAGAAAUCGAACGGGAACGUGCGGCUCCAUCGAAGAGUGUGACGGCCUCAGCUGGAUAGUCGAAGCCGGCCGACGACCGACGCCCAUCGAGUUCAACUUCCUCAAGAAGAGUGUUUGCGGCCGGACGAAGACUCGAGUGCACAUCUGCUGCGCACCGUCAUCGUCCCAGCCACCUCCGGAGGACCACCCCAACAAGCACCUGGUGGAGCAGGGCAAACUGUGCGGCACAGUCGUGCACCAGCGAAUCCGCGGCGGAGACGAGGUGCCCAUCGGCAAGCACCCGUGGAUGGCGGUGCUGUUUUACCGCGACCUGAUCACCGGUAGCAUCCGCCCUGGCUGUGGCGGCGCGCUCAUCAGCCAGCAGCACGUGCUGACGGCGGCGCACUGCGUCACCGACCUGGGCGACGCGGAGCUCAUGCUCGUCCGGCUCGGAGAGCACGACCUCACCUCGCGUGAGGAUUGUCAGCAGAGGGCGGACGGCUCACCAAUCUGCAACCACCCGCAGAACUUCCGCAUCAAUGCCAGCCUCUUCCACGAGGGAUACAGCAGGAUCAACUCGAGCAACGACAUCGCGCUGAUUAAGCUGGACCGUCCCGUGCUGGAGGACGACUUUGUCGGCAAGAUCUGCCUACCGUUUGGUAUAGCAGGACACCGCGACUACACGGGCGUGAACCUGACGGCGGCUGGCUACGGCCGGCUGGGCCCCAGCUCCAGCUCGCCCUCCAGCCAGGUGUUGAUGGAGGUGAGGCUGCCCGGCGUGGACCAGAGAGUCUGCAGCGACGUCAUCACCCGGCACAAAGGCGUCAUCACAGAUAAGCAGAUAUGUGCCGGUGGCGAGGACGGCCGCGACUCGUGUGACGGCGACUCGGGAGGCCCACUGAUCGCUCCAACACCCACCGGGCCACCCUACAGCCUGGUGGGCGUGGUGUCGUUCGGGGCGGUGCGCUGCGGCGAGGGCGGGGUGCCCAGCGUCAACACGAGGGUCUCCGAGUACCUCAACUGGAUUCUGGACAGGCUGGACUGAACUGAACGCUUCGCCGUCGUGAUGAUAGUGGAAGGCCUUGCUCUUCCGUCUUUGUUUAUCGUGUAGAAUCUGUGCUACGUUUGGUCAGGUAUAAGAGCGGAACACGGGUUCUUUGGUUAAAUAGCAGGUAUAAGAGCUGCACACAAGCGGACGUGUUGUGGUGCUAAAUACAUUGUGACAACUGCU